AUGUACGAUAUCUCCAAUCCAUCGAAUCGCACCAUGAUCGAUGAUGACAAUACGUGUGCGCCCCCGCCGUCAUUAAGCUCAUAUAGCAUUGAAAUGCUAAAUUCAAAACGAAAUACACCGGUGACCGGGAUCUACCAUCAAGACUUUCCCGAGAGAUCAACUGACUUGCGAAAGAAGCUCAUUGCUGUGUUUGGGCAUACAACAACAACAACGGAAAAUUCUCUCUCGGAUGGACUUAUGGAGGACAAGUCGGGGUCCACGUCGAAAUCAACAAUCACCGGCACUGAAAAUCGUGUCAAGAGAAGGAGGUAUGGCAAGGUGCUCGGUGCGCCUAAAAGGGCUAGUCAAAAUAAUACUCUUGAAGAUGAUUACAUUGACGAAGAGUUGAUCAAAAAAAAUGUUGAGGAACGAAAUCCUGGCAAACGCCAACCAUUGGGUGAUAUAUCAAAUACGUUUAGGAAACCAUUAACGCCAAAGAAAGGGGAUGAAGUAGCAGCAAUGCCAACAAUGGCUGCUUCUGUACAAGCACGUCCUCCACAGGCGUCCCCAAUAAGGCCCUCGAUGGCGCCCCCAGUAGCACAUCCUGUUCCGCCUCCAGCACCAGCACAACCUACAAUAGUCCCACCUCGCCCAGUAGCAGCUCCUUCAGAGCCUCGAACAUUCACAGUCAACAACAAACAAUACGAAAAGAUGGAGCUACUAGGUAGAGGCGGAUCAUCCAAAGUAUAUCGUAUAAAAGCCGCCAAUGGACACCAAUUUGCAUUGAAAAAAGUUACCCUUAACCAGGUUGAAGACAUUUCCUCUUUCAAAGGGGAGAUUGAACUACUUCGACGUUUGAGAAACUACAAAAGAGUGGUGAAGCUUUAUGAUAGUGAGGUGACGAAAUCUUCAAUUUACCUAAUAAUGGAAAGAGGUGAUGUUGAUUUGGCAACUUUGUUUCAAACCAGACUCAAUAUGAAUCUACCGUUGGAUUUACAAUUUGUGAGAUACCACAUAUCCGAAAUGUUCAAAUGCGUAAAAGAUGUACACGAUGCAGGCGUUGUGCACAGUGACUUGAAACCAGCAAACUUUCUUAUGGUGCGUGGUGUUUUGAAAAUUAUUGAUUUUGGAAUUGCAAAUGCUGUGCCUGACCACACCGCGAACAUAUAUCGAGAGUCUCAAAUAGGAACUCCCAAUUAUAUGGCACCGGAGGCAUUGGAGGAGGCUAGUAUGGCGGAAACCAAACACACAACUUGGAAAGUCGGUAGACCAUCAGAUAUCUGGUCUUGUGGGUGUAUCAUGUAUCAGUUCAUCUACGGAAGACCGCCAUAUGCUUCUUUAAUGGGCACAAAGAGGAUUUUGGCCAUCAUGAACCCGCAAUACAAAAUUCUGUAUCCAGAAUUGGGCAUUGGUGGUGUCGCGGUACCGCAAAGUGCCGUCAAUUUAAUGCGCCAUUGUCUUGCUCGUGAUCCAGACGAUCGGUGGACGGUAGAGCAAUGUUUAAACAGUGAAUUUUUCCAUCCCAAAGUUGUUGAUGAAAACUUUAUUACGAAAAUUGUUCACCAAAGUGUCAAUUUAGGCUACAACAAGAGAAUUUCAGGCGAAGGGAUCACAACCGAGGCUUACGACGCAAUGGUUAAUGACAUUAUAGAUCAGAUUAGAACUUAUAAUUGUUAA